AUUGUCCUUAAACCAAUUUAUUUGUGUAGUGGACUUAGCAAUAGUUGUAUCAAUAACUAAAUUAAUUUUAAUCAACUUUCAAUACAUGUUAUACGUGAAAUAAUGAUUUUAAUCGCUUUUAUUGACGUCCUACUUGUGUCUGUGGCAUAUUCAGAUGAUGUAUUUAACGAUUAUGGGGGACCUACCGAUUUCCUGGGAUUCCCUGAGAAUGAGCUUUCCUGGGAUUACCAGGCAAUCCCAUUUCCUGGGAAAAGGAUUCCCUACUUUCCCAUCCCAUUCUACCCACCAGAACCGGAGCCAAAGUUAAAAGAAAAAGAGAAAAUAAUCUUGAUAGAAAGUGAGAAUAAUUACAACAGACUUUUCAAUGACAUUUUUCAAAGGGCUUGUGACAAAUAUUAUGACAUAGAAUAUAGCCAAACAAUAAAAAAAGACUUCGUUAACCUGCCUAUCAUAUACUUCGCUGUCCCUGGUACUUAUAAUUACAAUGAUGAUGAUAACAUUGAGAUGGAAGACAUGAAAUUCGUGUUCGCCGGCAGCGUUACUGAUCCAAAUGAAAUGAUUUGCACCAAGAUAAACAAUGACCUUUACUGCAACGAAACUGUGAACCUAGUGCACAUACCUGACGUACCUGAUUCACUGCUUAACUUUGAAACUGUAUUCAACUUCAUUCAGACUUUCCAGAUUAACCGCACUGAAUAUCUCCCAGAGGACGAGGAAAGGUGCAGACCACGCGUCAGUAUUAAGAAUUUGAACACCAUCGUUAUUUGUCAACCAUUGAGGGCAGACUUCUUCAUGCAUCUCAAAUCAAAGCACGAUACAAAAUUUAAUUUAAUUCAAGCAGAUGAUAGUAACUGUGAUGAAAUUAUCGAAGCUAACCAACAUCGGCUCCUUGCGAUAUUGAGAAAUGAGGCUCAAAAUGAGUCACCAGUACCCACUGUACUAUUGAGGACUCCUUAUAUAUCUUCCGAGGAUAAAGCAGUUCUUCCAAAUUCUAUGAACUUGGUUCCUUGGCAACCGUUAAAGUUUGGAAUUGUAAAGUUCAUACAAAAAGUUGGCUGGCAACGGCUGGUGGUAGUGUCUGAUGAUUCAGAGUUUAGCGUCGAAUUCGAAAGAGAAUUGACUGAUUUAUUGCAAAAAGAAGGAAUUAUUUUCACUUCUGUUCGAUGUGAAGGUGCUGAGUUCAGUUUAGAAAAACUAAGAAAAAAAUUACACCAGACCUCACCAAGGAUAGUCAUCGCUAACAUAGAGAGGGGUGAUGAAUUAAAUCUAUUAAUGAGCCAAAUUCGACGUAACACCACGUGGAUUUUAAGGGAUAUGAAAGAAACAGAGUGGAAUCAACUAGGUGCAGAGGUAUUAACAAAAAAAAACGUGUUCUCAGUUAGCUUGCGUUCAAGUAGAAACAGAGAAUGUGAUGAUUAUGUGGAUAAUGAUAUUGAAUUUGGUGUUCAGACCAUCGCGUCAAAUAUGCGUUAUUUCAUCAGCAAUGUCACUGACGAAACGAAGAAAAAAGAUUUUUACAGCGCAUUCGCAAGAGAAAUGAAUGCAGAAAUGAAGAGAAGCGAUGCUUUGGUGUGUGUCAAGAGAUUAUUUCCUAAUCCCAAGCUGGUAUCAACGAUUUAUGUUGACAGUAGUGGCGCUAAAGUGCGCCAUUUUAACCAACCUUUUAAGAAAAUUCCAAAAGAUUCGCCGUUUUGCGUAGCUUAUAGUAACAAAUACUUUAGUCCUUGCGACUUUGCCCUGCCUCUGGUCUUCAUGUUUGUAUGUAUAAUGUUUUUUAUGACUGUGUGUUGGCUUAUAUGUUUCUUUGAUAAAACUACGCCUUUGAACCAUAAUAACUAUUAUCGAAAUUUUGAAUAAUUGGGUAGAUGACUCAUUUUUACUUUAUUGUCCGUCUUUUAGAUUAAUUAUUGUGUUAUGUCUUUUAGAUUAUUGUUAAAUAUUAGACAAUUUUUUAUAUGUUUAUGUUUCUUACGGAAACAAUUACUUUCGAAGAUAUACCCUCCCAUUCCUAAACUUUGAUUCGUUUUAUCUACCAGGUAUUGUUAUCUUAAAUGACAAAAUAAAAAAUACAUUUAUUAGUUUCCUAUUUUUACAUUACCUAAAUUAAAAAUCCAAAUAGUGGUAUUUGGAUUUUUAAUUUUCAUACCCCGUCAUCAUUCUUAUUUUCCUAAACUGUUUUAUGAUAACACUAGCUACUUCCGCGCGGUUUCACCCGCUUGGCUCCUAUUGGUCAUAGCGUGAUGUUUUAUAGCUUAUAACCUUCCUCGAUAAAUGCGCUAUCCAACACAAAAAGAAUUAUUCAAAUCGGACCAGUAGUUCGGGAGAUUAGCGCGUUCAAACAAACAAACAAACAAACAAACUCUUCAGCUUUAUAAUAUUAGUAUAGAUUAAUUAAGGACAUAAGCAAAAUUAAAUAAAAGUUUGGUAAAGUGAUAGACCAAUGCACAAUGUAUUGUAGAUUUUUGAUUUCCACUUGUGUUGUAGAUAUUUAUUUUUAAAUUUUACAUCAUACAUACAUCAACAGCCUACAAGUAGUCAAUGCUGACCAAAUGCCUCUUCUCACACGGAGAAGGUUUGAGCAUAAAUCACCACGCUUGCUCAAUGCCAUGCGAUUUCAAACUUAUAACUAGAAAUUAUAAGCCUAGGUUUCCUCACGAUAUUUUCCUUCACCGCUUAGUCUAAUCAUCAGUGGUGUCUAAGUAAUCUUAGAAAGUACAUAUAACUUGGAAAAAGUCACAUUGGUACUUGCAGUUAGUAGGUUUCGAUAGCGAGAAACCCACCCUUCUUCAACCUCUGGGCCACCACGACACUUCUUUUUAUUAAUUUUUUUUUUUGAUGGGGUAAAAUCAUACAUUGACUUCUCUCGUCUUGUUCGAGGCGAGAGGGAGUGUCAGACUCUUACUGACUAAAUACUACCCUGUUCCUACUCCUGCUUUUCGAGUCGGAGCCCCGGUAAACCUGUAAGGUAGUCCGCAGCUCCGGAGCCACCACGACAUUUAAAAUUGUAUCUACGAGUAACUCAUUAUGUAAGUGAAAUAAGUAAUAUAAGGUUAAGGAUCAAUAAAUGUACGUGUAAAUAAAUAAAAGCUUUGAAUGUUUA